AUGAAGCCCACUUCCCGGCAGGGCUCUAGAGGGGCGGGUUUGCUGUGGCUGGGCGUGUUUUAUGUAGUGAGCGAUUGCAUCGCCUCAGUGCGCUUCGCCUCAGGUGUGGAUCUGCCAGACAGGGAGGAGGACGGCGCCGCCGGGGGUGGCGGCGGUGCCAGCAGCAGCGCGACUGGCCGCGGCAGGGGCAGCAGCACUACCAGCAUAGCUGACAGCACCAAAGGGAGCAGGGCCAUCCUGAUUGACAAGGCAUCGCUGCGGUUCUUCAAGUUUGGCAGAGGAGAGCUGGUCCUUCUGAAGUCUCCUGAGGAGCCAUCGCGGCGUCUUGUGCGACGCAUGAUUGGCCUAGAAGGCGACUGGGUGUCGGUGGCUGGAGGAAAGGUGGAGCGUGUGCCCAAGGGGGCGUGCUGGCUGGAGGCUGACAGCAUCAAGGCGCCCGGUGGCGACUCUCGGGUAGCCUGGGGCCCCGUGCCGCUGGCGCUGAUAGAGGGCAGGGUCAGCCGCGUGCUGUGGCCUCCUGCGCGCUGGGGCCCGCUGUCUCCACAGCUCAGCACCUCUGGCACGCGGGUGGUGGGCAAGGCAGGGAGCCUGGAGUUUUUGACGCCGCCGGCAGAGGAAGAUGACUGGUGGGCCUGA